UAGAAUCCAAAUCACAUUGAAGUUGCCCCAAUGACCUAAACCUUUCCUUUUAUCCGUUUGAUUUGAUUGCUUUCUUUGCCACUGACGUGCGGUCCUUUUGUUCCUCCUCCACACAAAAAAUCAAAAGCUAAAAUCGUUUGGAAAUAAAAAACGUUAAAAACCAAAACCCAAAAAAAAAAACAUUGAGAGAAAGAAAGGCCUGAGAUUCAUAGACCUGUCUGCAUCUCUCCUUCUUCCUUAACGUCAGCUGAUCACAAUGUUCACUUUGAAAGAGAAGGUUACAGAGAGGCUCUCACGUCUCUUUGCUGAUUCACCCGACUCAUCAUCCUCUUCUUCUCUUCCUCCCUCACUGGACCAUCAUCAUCCUGAGGCCGGGCCUGAUUCUAAAGGGGGUAAAUCAAUGUCUUCAUACUUUUCCUACGUUAUCCCAUCAGUUGGCUUUGGUGAAUCCAGAUCAGGCAAGCAUCAACGAUCACUCUCUGUUAGUAAUGUAGACUUUGAAUCCCAAGAUGAAUCCCUACAUAGAUAUGUAGAAUGUCGUUCACCAGGUGAGAACAAGGAAACAAAAAAUAAUCGAGAAAGCGAUUAUGACCAUGUUUCUGGUGGGAGCACCAGUGGUUCUGAGGUGUUUGAAGAAGCAACUGACCAGCAUAGUCCACAGAAGCAUCUAUCCUAUCUCAUGGAUGACUCUGUAUUUAUCUCCUCAGACCUGCAAGAAUUCUUGCUGUCAUCUCUUCCUAAUAUAGUGAAAGGGUGCCAAUGGGUUUUGCUGUAUAGUACGUUGAAACAUGGUAUAUCACUCCGUACUCUUAUCCGCAAGAGUUCUGACCUCUCUGGUCCUUGUUUGCUGAUUGUUGGAGAUAGGCAAGGUGCUGUGUUUGGUGGACUUCUAGAGGGCCCCUUGAAACCUACGGCAAAAAGAAAAUAUCAAGGAACAAACCAGACAUUUGUCUUUACAACCAUAUAUGGUGAACCAAGGCUAUUUAGACCAACUGGAGCCAACAGGUAUUACUACAUGUGUUUGAAUGACAUGCUAGCUCUUGGGGGUGGUGGUAACUAUGCUUUAUGCUUGGAUGGAGAUCUGUUAAGUGGAACAAGCGGACCAUGUGAAACAUUCGGGAACUUGUGCUUGGCUCAUAACUCAGAGUUUGAGUUGAAGAAUGUUGAGCUUUGGGGUUUUACACAUGCGUCGCGGUACCUUCCUUGAUACAAGCCCAAGAUGAUGAUAUACAUUUGUAUCUGUGUAUCAUGUUGGUGAUUACAUUCUUUAUUCUUCUAUUUCUAGUUUGCUCCACCAUUCAGCAUAGGAGGGCUUUGAUUAACAUGGGAUGAACAAUACUUUUGGAAAUCUAUUAGAUUUGAAGCUGUAGCUCGUGGGAUUAUUUUGCUAUGCAACAAGGACUGUCUUAAAAUUCUAAUUUUCCGAAAUUUAUGUAGUAUUUUUAUGCUAAAGUUAUGUAGUUGUAUU